AUGUCUGACGUGAUCAUCAUUAAGGACCGUAGAGGAAACAAAAUCGGAGAAGUCCGUCUCGAUCUUAGCGAUAAGAACUCUAAUGUCUUAUUAUUAAAGAAAGAAAUCAGCAAAAUAAAAAGAAUUGCUCCUAUUAGAUAAUGGCUCACUAUUGGAGAUGAUGAAAAUAAAACUAUUUUGGAUGAUAACAAGAGACUUUUAACUACAUAUCCUGUUGUAAAAAAUGGAAUUGAAGUUGUUGUCAAAGACUUAGGUAUUUAACUUGGCUGGACUACUGUCUUCUAUGCAGAAUACUUGGGACCUAUCAUUUUUUAUGGUGCUUUCUACUUGAUUGGUAGAUCCAGAGGUGAAAUGACUACUAGUUAAAACAUCGGAUUAACUAUUGGUGUUCUCCACUAUGUUAAGAGAAUUCUUGAAACUCUCUUUAUCCAUGUCUUCAGUAGAGACUCUAUGCCUUUAGCUUCUUGCUGGAAAAAUUUCCUUCACUACUGGAUUUUCUUUGGCACCUUUAUUGGUGUUGAAUACUUUAUGUAUUACAAAGACCCCGGUUAUAGCAAUCUUACCAAGGGUAUCUGGCUUGGUCUUUGGGCUCUCUUUGAAUUCUUAAACUUCUAGUGCCACAAGACUUUAUCAAAUAUUAGAACUGAAGUACCUUCUAAAACUCUCGAAGAUGGUUCUUCUGUAAACAAGCGUAGAAAGAUCCCUACUGGAUGGGGUUUCGAUUAAGUUUCCUGUGCUAACUAUCUUUGGGAAACUCUUGCCUGGGUUGCUUUCUCUGGCUUUUCUAGAUGCUAUACCUCCUACUUCUUCACUGCUAUCAGCUUCUACUAAAUGUUCGUCUGGGCUUUAGGAAAAUAAAGAAGAUACAAAAAAGAAUUCGGAAAAGAAUUCCCUAGAGGCAGAAAAGCUAUUAUUCCCUUUUUAAUUUGA